UCAUGGCGGCGCCCAUGGUGUUUUGGGUUGCAUGAGAAAGAAAUCAUUUACAACACGUUAUAAAUUCAUUCGUGUAGAGAAGUUUGAAAGAAAUAUAAUAAUUGACACCUGUGGGUGUUUAUUGUAACCCGGAAGAUGGAAAUUCGCAGCUUGUUGGAACUCAACAGGUUACCAGAUGGGAUAUCUAUGGUGCCAAUCAUACUAUACUUCCCACUAGGGCUAGUUCUGGCAGUCCUGCGGUUCUUCAUCUCACUGCAUGCUCUCCUCGUGUCCUUCCUUCUCCCCAAAACAUGGUUCAUAAGAAGUGUUGUCCUGAGGUUUAUGUUUGGUGUCGCUGGCAUUAUAAUAUCAACAGACGGAGAUGAGAAUCGGGACAAACGGGCCAGAAUCCUGGUCUGUGACCACAUUUCACCUCUAGACCAUCUGGUCACAAGCUUAGUCGUACCUCAUGUCUGUCUGCUGGACUGGCACUUUUCAUCACUGCUGCAGUGGGUCACAGGGUGCCAAGAAAUCAGCCCUGAUAAAAAUAAAGAAGAAGUGGUCAAAUAUGUAAAAUCAAUAUAUAGUGGUACAACGUUGCCCUUAUUAUUUUUUCCUGAAAAGACCACAACAAGUGGGAAAAUAGGUCUUUUAAAAUUUUGGUCACUGCCAUUUGAAUUAGGACACUUAAUACAACCUAUAACAAUUCAAGCAAACAGAAUAGAUAUUUUCAAAGUAAAUGUUUCCACAGUGAAAAGUGCUUGGUGGAGUGACCUUUUCUGGUGCCUUUUUGUUCCAUACACAAUAUUUAAAUUACGAUAUUUGCCAGUGACUGAGAAGAAGGAAGCUGAGUUAUGUGAAGAGUUUUCGGAAAGAGUCCGACAAAACAUGUGUCGAAGUCUGGGUGUCGCAGCUACCUCGUACACCCACUCAGAUAAAACCGACUACCUCAAGAGGCAGUCUUACCCCUUGCCAGCUACACCAGUGCCUAAUAAUACUGCUGAAAUAACACAAGCUCCGGCAGCUAAGCAACAAUCUCAAGGAGUCCCGUCACCACCAGUCACAACCAGUCAGAUCUCAGUAGCUCCGGAGGUCAAGGUCAUGGUAGAUCAAGUGAAGACUGUCCUGCCUCAUGUCCCUAUUGCUACAAUCAUAGCUGAGCUGGACAGGUGUGAAGAUGUGGACGUUGUCAUCACCAACAUCCUGGAGGGGAAUGUUGAGUUCACCCCCGAGGAAGUACAGGCCCCCGAUGGUAACUCAGUAUCACCCCCAACUCAACAGACAGUUUGUCCAUCACAGUUGACGUUCAAGUCGGACAGUUUUGGACGAAAUGCAGGAAACCGCCAUUUAUCUUUAGAAGACAGAAAGAAAGCCAUGUAUGAGGCAGCCCGGAAGAGGUACAAGGAAAAACACAACAUCUUGUGACAUUUAACAGACACUGAGGGCGUGACACAACAUCUUGUGACAUUCGGCAGACACUGAGGGCGUGAUACAACAUCUUGUGACAUUCGGCAGACACUGAGGGCGUGACACAACAUCUUGUGACAUUCGGCAGACACUGAGGGCAUGACACAACAUCUUGUGACAUUCAGCAGACACUGAGGACGUGACACAACAUCUUGUGACAUUCGGCAGACACUGAGGGCGUGACACAACAUCUUGUGACAUUCGGCAGACACUGAGGGCGUGACACAACAUCUUGUGACAUUUAACAGACACUGAGGGCGUGACACAACAUCUUGUGACAUUCGGCAGACACUGAGGGCAUGACACAACAUCUUGUGACAUUCGGCAGACACUGAGGGCAUGACACAACAUCUUGUGACAUUCAGCAGACACUGAGGACGUGACACAACAUCUUGUGACAUUCGGCAGACACUGAGGGCGUGACACAACAUCUUGUGACAUUCGGCAGACACUGAGGUCGUGACACAACAUCUUGUGACAUUCGGCAGACACUGAGGUCGUGACACAACAUCUUGUGACAUUCGGCAGACACUGAGGGCAUGACACAACAUCUUGUGACAUUCGGCAGACACUGAGGGCAUGACACAACAUCUUGUGACAUUCAGCAGACACUGAGGGCGUGACACAACAUCUUGUGACAUUCGGCAGACACUGAGGGCAUGACACAACAUCUUGUGACAUUCAGCAGACACUGAGGUCGUGACACAACAUCUUGUGACAUUCAGCAGACACUGAGGGCGUGACACAACAUCUUGUGACAUUCAGCAGACACUGAGGGCGUGACACAACAUCUUGUGACAUUCGGCAGACACUGAGGGCGUGACACAACAUCUUGUGACAUUCAGCAGACACUGAGGGCGUGACACAACAUCUUGUGACAUUCAGCAGACACUGAGGUCGUGACACAACAUCUUGUGACAUUCAGCAGACACUGAGGGCGUGAUACAACAUCUUGUGACAUUCGGCAGACACUGAGGGUGGUACAGAAAAUCUUGUGACAUUCAACAGGCACAGAGGGCAUGAUACAACAUCUUGUGACAUUCAGCAGACACUGAGGGUGGUACACAACAUCUUGUGACAUUCAGCAGACACAGAGGGCAUGACACUAUAUGUGGCAUUCAGCAGAGAGGGUGUGGCUUUUAACAGAGGGAGGGUGUGGCACAACAUGCAGCAUUCAACAGAGAGGGAGGGCGUGGCAUUUAACAGAGGGAGGGCGUGGCACAACAUCUGGCAUUCAACAAAGAGGGAGAGCAUUGCACAACAUCUGGCAUUCAACAGAGAGGGAGAGCGUUGCACAACAUCUGGCAUUCAACAGAGAGGGAGAGCGUUACACAACAUCUGGCAUUCAACAGAGAGGGAGAGCGUUGCACAACAUCUCGCAUUCAACAGAGAGGGAGAGCGUUGCACAACAUCUGGCAUUCAACUGAGAGGGAGAGCGUUGCACAACAUCGGGCAUUCAACUGAGAGGGAGAGAGUUGCACAACAUCUGGCAUUCAACAGAAAGGGAGGGCCUGGCACAACAUGCUGAACUGUGGAUCAUCUUCAUAUAAUGUGAAGAGCCGUCAGACUUCUCAUAUUCUGGCAUGCCAUGACAUUUGGAUACCAAACAGUUGGUGUGUUGUUUGAUGAUGUUUUCACCUAGACAAUCAAAUGCAAUACUUUCUUGAGAAGAUAUUGUUAGUGCAUUGAGCAUGUUGUAAAACUAACCUAUAUUUUUAGGAACAUUGAGUGUCGGUCUUCUAAAUAACAAUAUAUUGAUGUUCUCAGGUAAUAACUGUUGAAAAUUUGUACAGAGGUAUAGACUCUUUUAUUUUGGUGUGAAAAAAGAGCUUCUUGGGUGUCAGAUUCAAUGUUUCAUGCCAGAUUAAUUUCUUUGCUUGUUUUAUCGAUCAUACUGCCCUUAACAUUAUUUUUAUUUCUUUAAACUACAAAUUUUGAACAAUUUCUUUUAAAUAUUUUUUUGGAUUGAAUGUUACCGAUGAGAAAACAUCCUGAAUCCUUAGAUUAGUAAGAAUAUUACCUAAACAUUCACACUAUUAGAUCUUGAAUCUUCUCUUGCAAUAAUGUUUUUAUUGUUUUUUUAAUUAUGUUUUUGGCCCCCCUUUGGCAUUGUCAGUAAAAUGAAAAAAAUAACUGUUCUUGCCUUAGCAAAUAUAGAUGAUUUUAGCGCAGACAUAGUGCCAGAGAACCAUGAUCUUAUUUAACAAAAGAAUCACAGACAUAGUCAUGCUGGGAUCCUGCACCAGCACCAUGCAUCACUUUAAAGUUUUUAGUUUUUUGCUUUGGUUUUACGUUAUUCAUUUUAUUAUGUAGUUGUGUUCAUUUAAGAAAUUUUGCAUUUGACAAAUUUGAACAAGCAGUUUUGGGUUGUCAGAUUUGUAAACUUAGAGUGUCAAGAGCUGGACCAUACUUGCAUCAUGCUUCUACAUAAAUGUCACUCCACCGGAGCCCACAACAUGCAAGAGGGACAUGAGAUCAUGUGGGUUUUAACACUUACAUUCACUGUAUAGUUAUCUCCCUUAGACGUGGUAGGAUCCGCCGGUCAUGGAUGAUUGUGUGAACCCGAACUCACUCAGUCAAAAUGCAAGAAUACUUAAAAUGUAGAUGAGGGAAUUAUUCUUGAGCUGAGGUGAUGAUAGUUUGUUUCGGAACCAGGCCCCUGUAAUAGCAGAAAUUGUACGUCUGGGUUGUGAGCAUAUAGUUUUGUCCUCAGCACUUAGUUGAUUAGGGGCGGUCGGGUAGCCUACUGGUUAAAGCGUUCGCUCGUCACGCCGGAGACCCAGGUUCGAUUCCCGACAUGGGUACAUUGUGUGAAGCCCAUUUCUGGUGUCCCCCACCGUGGUAUUGCUGGAAUAUUGCUAAAAGUGGCGUAAAAUCAUACUCACUCACUUAGUUGAUUACUCUGGAAAUCUUUGGGGAAACUCAUAUUUUAUUGAUAAUGGGCAGGUAUGUGUGUGUGUGGUGUUGGAUGGUUGUUAGGAGGAGGAGGAGGAGGAUAGUUUCUGAUUCAGUUUGUAAUAUGGGCAUCAGGGUCGUGUGGAUGUAUAAUACAAUGUUUAAUUUGCUGCACAUAGCUGAACUCUGUAAUUAAACAUAAUUCAUUGUA